CGGUGGGCAUCACGCCGCCCGAUCGCCACCGAGCGACCACCGAAGGCUCCUCAGAAGAGCCUCCGCGCUGGUUUGCGGUGCUGGUCGUUCGUUGCGUGCUGGUUGGUGUCGUAGUCGUGUAGUGCUCCUUUCUUCUGGCGCGCGCCGGAUUGAAUCGCGCGGGUUGGUUUGUGCGUCGUCUGCUCCCGUGAAGUGCUUUGUUUGUGGUGACGUUGCCGUCUGUUCGGUGGGGCGACGGAAGACAGGCAGCAGGCGUCGGAUACACAUACGCGCGUCCGACGUUGCCUCCGAGAGUCGUGGACACGAUGACCCGGCGGCGACCCGAUUCGUCGAUGACGGUUCUCUGCUGACACGGCGUCGACAUGGAAUGUAACAGCCCCGGAAGGCCGCCACUCUUGGGUUGGCCAUCGGUGCCAAACUCCUCGGUGCGAUGGGUGCUGUGCGCUGUCUUUCUUCUGCUCGCUUUGGGACAGUGUGUCGUCUGCAACGACGCCGGCUGUGACUGGGAUGGCAGCGGUCUCGGGUCUUCGGACGCUUCGUCGGCGAGGUCGUCGCACCGGUGGCUCAAGUCCCGGUCCGUGGUGCCGGUGUACCUGCGCUGCGACCAGGGUCGCGUCACCUGGAAGUACCCGCGUGGAGCCCUGCGCGUCCUGCUUCGCCUGGGCGGAACCGGAAGUGGGGGCGCCCGGGACUUCCGGGCCUGCGUCAAGAUCGACGCCAACUCGACGGGCGCCGCGGUGCACCUGGAGGGCCACCGCAAGCUCAUCCCUUUGCACAAGGGUCAGUCAGCGCCGCGCGGAGCAGAAGACGGCGAAGUGCGGCGCUGCUUCACCUCUUACAAGGGCCAGGUGGCGCUCUUCCUGGAGGCCACGCCCGAGACCAAUCACCUGCUGAGCAGGGACACCUUUCGCCUCUGGUACCACCUCACACCGGUGAUGUCGCAGCGGGACCUCGAGGACGAAUUGGCCGAAUGCAGACCUUGCACGGACAGGGAACUCCUGCACCACUACUGCUCCAGCGAUUUCGUUGCGGAAGGCGUCGUGGCUUCCCUGAGGCACGUGCAUCGGCGCGACGUCACCGAGAUCAUGGUGUCCGCUUCGCGCGUCCACAGGGACUCCAUCGAGGAGCCCGCGUUCCUGCCCGGAAACGACAGGAAAAUGGCGGCUGUGCUGCAGCGCCCUCUGAAGUGUGGCACCCGCGCCGGGCGCGGUCACUUCUUGUUCAUCGGCGUGCAUAUGCUGGGAAAGCCCACAAUGCGCUGCGCGCCCAGACUCCAGUACUGGAGGAAGCUGAGGGACCGUGCUACCAGAGACGGGACGAGCAUGUGCACCCUGCUCUGAUCGCCAGCGGAUAUCGUGCCAAAAAGGAACCUUCGAACUGCUUCGUCGUUAUCUGACACUCUCACGUCGUCAUCUGACACUCUCGGGUGUGGGCUACUGGACUUAGCCACACCCGAUUUCCGAGCACCCAUGGCGGAAGCUACAGGUGUCGUGUGCUUCAAACAAUGGCCUCCGAGCGUCGCCCUAUUUCGGAGGUCACGUUCCAACGUUGCAGACGUCAGCGAAAAGAUCGUCUGUAUCUGGUUCUCGCUUUCCCUAACGGAUACGGCUGGAUGUGUCGUCUGCUCCGAAACGUCGACAACGAAGGCCUUCCGGAAAUGACGUCUGCAUUUCGAACAUGACGUCUGCUUUUCUUUUUUUCUUUUUUGAACACCUGCAAAGCAAGGCGCCGUCUGCUUCGAGAACGCCCCCAGCAAGAGCUUCGACAUGUCACCUGCUUUUCGAGCGUGUUCGAUGAAAACUUCGGUGAAGCGCCUGCUUCUGGGAAGCUUCUGGAUAUGGCCCCGGUAUUCCUAACGGCCCAAGUUAUGACCUUUGGAUGUUCCAAACACCGACGAGGACGACACCUGAAAAGAUCACGUCUGCCGUUCCAAAACCCACGAAGUGCGUCGUUGAUUCGCGAUUGGUGCAGCUUGGUUGUUCCCUGGACGUCCGUCGUCUGACGUUAUAAACCAGUGUUUGACAGUGAACUGCGUGCGCCCCUGUCAAAAGUGCGCGCGUGAUUGUUACGAUGAUUUGAAAAGUUUAUGUACUGUAUCGUGCACGAAUAGGAAGGACAAUUAUUGUGGAAAGCACUGGCAAAAGUCAAAACGGUGAAGUUUUGUGCGUGUGUGGGCAUCGUACAGCUUGUGGCCUUCAGCGUUCCAUACCGUCUGUAUUUCUCGGUUCAUAGCCUCCAGUAUUUUUGCAAUGCCUGCCCAGUCGCUCCGUAUUCCACGGGAGCCACCGAUCCACUGCAGCGGCUCCACGUACAGUUCCGUUAUUACAACUCUGUUGUUGCUAGAGCAUGGACAACUUUUACUGCGCGCUGAUGCUCCCACGCUGUCGCAUGACGUGCGAUGAAGCAAGGUUGACGUGACCCUAAUCUUGCUCUAUAAACUGAUCAUUUACUGGGAAAGCUGCGCCCUCUUGGUAACCUCUGCUUUUCUCGUCACUGUGCAGAUAUUGAAAAAAAAAAAUUAAAAAUACGAGAGACUAUGCUUGGCUGCUCCGCAAAGGUAAAUUACCCGCCAAAUGAGCGCUUAACAACAGUAUAAAUAUAGCAUGCUGUAUAGCUUGCGCUAACAGAGCUUUAGCAUAGCCGAGCAGAUUUUUUUUUGUUGAGCAGCUGUGUUCCUGCCUACGUAUUGCCCGAUUUAUCAGUGCCAAAGGUGCUACUGUAAACUGUCCCAGAGUGCCAGGUCUCGCCUGCUUUUCCAGAACAGCAGCCCAGGCGACCGAGAUAUACUACAAAAGUGCAAUGUCAGCGUGUAAAUAGUGAACUAUACAUGUUCUCAUGUAAAUAUUUCCACGUGAAGGAGGCGAAAGCAUAAAGAUUAGAAUGGCGGAAGUGUACAGGAAAUAUAUUUUUUUGUUUGCGGCAAUUUUUUUAUACUUUUUAUUAACGCCGGCUUAGCAAUGUUGCUGAUCUCUCAUCGUUCUGAUGUACUAGAAAUGUAUUGAAGGAAACGUUCGUGGCAAGUACGAUUGUGUUUGUCUUUCGUCCGAAAUGUGCACUGUCGCUUACUGCGUUAACCGAGGUGCACUGUUUUUGUUGCUUGACUCGUGCAAUCGGGCCAACCUAGCCUUUUGUUCAGAUUCCAACGAAUUGAACUUUUGAUUUAGUGCAUGAACUUUUGUCAGAACAGAAGCAAGAAAAAAAAAAAGUCCAUGCAUUUGUCGCAUUGAGCACUUAAAGGGGAAAAAAAAAAGCCUGCCUUAUAGCAAACGUGGCCCAAUAACGCUUGUUUGUUACGUGUUGCCUAUGUAGAUACGAACGAUGAUGUACAGCGCUGUGUACCAUACUGUAGAUAGUCCAGAAUAAAGUACGUGUUGUUGCAGAA